AACACCACAACAUCAACCCCAUGGCCUCAACAGUAGGAGCAGCCGCUUCUCCUUUCAUCAAAGCGGCUGUUCACCAUGCUGUUAACGCCGUGGUCAUCCAUCUGGAGGGAAGGGCAGAUAACGAUACCAACACCAAUGGCACCGCGAAGGUGAUCCCAGAAGAAGAUUAUCACAGGUCUAGGGUCGCGCAAGUCAACUUUAGCUGCUGGUUCCUGACUGUCCUCGCGGCCUUGUUUUUGGGGUUGCGCAUCUACUGCAAGAAGUAUCGAGGACGUGGACUGUGGUGGGAUGAUCAUGUUCUGAUUAUAUCAUGGAUCUCCCUAACAACCUCCUCCGCCUUGAUAACCUACUCCACAACCCUCGGCUUCGCCCUCCCCACUUCCCUCUUCAACCCCGACAACUCUAUCCCAGUCCUAAACCACUACCUCCUCAUAACCAACUUCGCAGGCACCUUCUCCAUCCUCGCCGCUUUGUGGUCCAAAACCUCCUUCGCCAUCACCGUCCUCCGCAUCUCCCAAGACAGCUGGAUCCGCUUCCUAAUCUGGUUCAUCAUGAUCUCCGUCAAUUUAAGUCUAGGAGUAGCCGUGGCAUUAACAUGGGGCCAAUGCGAUCCGAUCCCGAAAAUCUGGCAGCCGUUUAUAGCUGGCAAGUGCAUGGACAAAGCUAUUCAGAUCCACUAUAACAUGUUCACGGCUGUCUAUUCGGGCGCGAUGGAUAUCGUCCUCGCUGUGUUGCCGUGGAAAAUCAUCUGGAUUCUUGGUACCAUGAACAAAAAAGAAAAAUUCGGCGUCUUGGUCGCCAUGUCCAUGGGCGUCUUCGCUGGUGUGACCAGCAUUAUUAAGGCUACCGAACUCCCCGCCAUCCGCGACUCGGACUUCACCUUUGCGAGCACGAACCUGGUCAUUUUGGGCAUCGCCGAGUCGGCGAUUACCAUCAUGGCUGCGAGCAUUCCGAUUUUGAGGGCCUUGUUGAGGGAACAUAGAGGUGGACCACGCCCGCCACCUCCUGCCGAAUUCUACAAUUUGGAUAGUCUCGAGAAUCAACAGAGCGAUCAGAUGUAUGCCGGCACCAAACGGACGCAGGGGACGGGGAGGAGUAGUACGACUGUCACUACUAACCGGACGGGACGGAGUAAAAGGAGGGGCUCAUUGUUUGGGAGUUUGAGUUUGACGAGGGGGAGCAGAAGCAGCAGCAAUGGAAGAAACAUGAAAGACGAGGAGGCUGGAAAUGGACAUGGACAUGGACCUGUUGUGCAUGUGCAUCAUGUUCAUGCUGCUGAAACUGGCGGGCAUGGUAAUGGGAGGCCGGCGGUGAUGAUGAGGAGAUUGAGUAUCAGGUUGAGCAGUGCUUUCAGCGUUGGUUUUGGGACUGCGGGAGGGUUCGGAGGGGAAAGUGACACGGUGGUGCAUCAACCAAGUGUCAGUGGUGAAAGCCAUGGCGGUGUUGGUACGGUGGUGCAUGUGGUUAUGGACCCGCCACCGCCGGGAAAGAUUGUGAAGGAGAGGGAGGUGACCAUUGCAUAUGAUCAGAGGUCACCAACCCCUCCGGAUACGCAAAAAAGAAUGUCGGAAUGGCCUUCGUACCCAACCAAGGGCCAGGGGAGCGAUGCCGACUUGGCAAAUGUUCAUGCUAUGAGACCAUGGGGUGAUGAUGAUGAUGAUGGGACCAAGGAGUCAAUGGGAAGGAGGUGA